ACUUAUGCAAUAAAAACCAGUAGAACGCAUUUAAAAAAACAUACCUUAUCAUGUUUUAAUUCUCCACUAAACGAAAUUCAGACUGAGAGGUUCAAACCAAUUACUAAAGAAGAUGUAGAUAAUUCAAUAAUAGACAUGGUUAUUGCAUCAGGAGUGUCAUUCAAUAUUCUUAAUAAUCCGUCAUUUCGUAAAAUGGCUAGAAAUCUUUGCUAUGUUACACCUUCAUAUAAAAUCCCACAUUCAACUACGAUAUCCCGACAUAUUACUGGCAAUAUAUUUAACUUAAGAUUAAAAUUUGUUAAAGAUAUUUUGGCCAAAACUUCUGGACAAAUUUCACUCACAUGUGAUGGUUGGCACUCAACCGUCCAUAAAUGUCAUUAUAUUGUUAUCACAGGAUCCUGGAUCAGCGAUGAUUGGAGAAUAGUUAAUAUUGUUCUAAGCUUUCAAAAGUCAGGACAAACAGCGGAAGAGAUAACAUCAGAAAUAAUGAACACAUUAAAAAAUUACUCCAUUGAAAAAAAAAUAUUUGCACUUACUAUGGACAAUACUACUACGAAUAAAGCAGUAAAUCGACUGCUCCAAAAUGAGUUGCCAGAUACAGAAUUAAUUUCAAUAGGAUGCAUGUGCCAUAUUCUUAAUCUUAUUGUUAAAGAGGGUUUAAAAGAAAUUAGUAUAUUACAUAAAAAGGUUCAUAAA